AUGGCAAACGCAUACAGGCUGCUGCUGUCGUCGUCGCCGUCGUCGCUGGCCAUCUCCUCCGCUCUUCUGCUUAUCCUCCCCCCUAUUUCGCUGAUCCUUCUCACUACCAAAUGGCUUUCAGGACAUCUCUCCGUUUCCUCGGCCCUCUUUUUUGUCCUAAUUGCUCUCUUUUCCGCUGCAUCUGGUGCGAUGGAACUCACCCUCUCCCAGCACAGACUGCCAGCCUUGCUCUCCGACCUCACCGCAGCCUUUGAAUCUGCGUUCGAAUGCCUAUUAUCCACGAUUACCCUUGCCAUCCUCUACCGGAUAGCUCACUACAAGCAUGUAUCCUUGUCCCCCCUCCUCUGCCUCGUUGCAGUGUUGACCAUAUGCGGUAUGUCGUCCGCCCUUUUCUGUUUUGCAUACACUCUUAUCGUUCUCCUCCGAGAAGCACUCGCGUUCUCAGUUGUCCCUCAGUCCCCUAUCCUCUUGUCACCAUUUCUUGCUGCUACCUCGCGUGUUCUCUCCUUCGCCUUGCUUUCAUAUAUCAUUCUUGCACGUCUCCCACACACCCGUAGCACCCUCCAUAAACUGGAUAGGUAUCCCCCACGCGUGUCCUCUCCAACCAUGGAAACAUGGCCGUUCCCCGCUUCUCUUGCCCGUCACCAACCCAAGAUGGACAGAAAAACCUCAUCCAUCAACCCGGCCACAGCUCCUCCGGCUGUUGCAACAACCACGAACGAUCCAUUGCGUAUUCCUCUUGCUUUUGCUCUCUCUCAAGUGUUCGCGUUGCUGUGUGCCGCCUUAGACAUCGUUCUGGAAGUAAUCGUCAGCCGUAUGGCAACCGAUUUCAAUCUCGCCAAGGCUGGCUCGGUUGUGCCGUGUAGGUUGCUGGAUUUCUUUAUUGCACGCGCAGCUGUUACUUGCGCAUGGAGCGUCGCCCUGUUGAUCGCUAUACAUGUCAUGCCCCCCACUCCGGCUUUGGGGCCUCCAGAGCAGGCGACAAAACAUCCCAUACCCAACCGUGGCAUUCCUACUUCUAAAUCCCCGUUUGCCAGAUUUCCACAUUGCGAUUCCGCUUCGGACUAUCUAUUUGUCCCUGAUCCCUUCGCGAGCAUGCCUCCCCCACUGCUUCCACCUCCUGCAGCAGCCCUCGGAUUGGAUUUUGACGAGAUUGGAACCAAGGGAAUUGGUGUCCAGUAUCGCUUCGCCGCUCCUCGUUCCAAAAAAGGACGACGAAGAACCGUGCCCAAGAAAUCUCGCAGUACAUCGCGCAAGGCGGCCCUCAAUCACCAGAAUUCGACAGAGCCCUUCAUCCCCCGCUAUCCUCUCCCCCUCAAUAUCGAGGAAGAGAGGGACAAGAGUUUGGGAGAUGGUGUAAUUCUGUCACAGCUGUUUUUGCAAAAUAUGAAUCAAGGCAUACCUAUUGGCGAAUUACGCGACUUCUCCAUAAGCGGCGGCGCAGGGGUCGAGACCCCACAACUUGAGCAUACCCCCCUGAGGUCACAUUGGAGUUCCAGUUCAACGUUGAAGUCGACGAGUCACAGGUCCGGUAUAUCGGUCGCGGCUAGCGAAAGGCAGUUAAAGCGGGGCGGAAACAUCCACAUGAUGUCGAUGGACACCUCCGCGUCUUGCCCUUCUUCUGUUGGUGCAUGCGAAAGCGAGGGUGGACCUUGA